AUGGGGUGUCAAAAAGUCCUAGAAUCUAGACACCCGAAUUAUAUGAAAGGUGAUUUAGUGUGGGGAUUUACAAAAUGGGAAGAAUUCAGCUUGGUAUCUCCAACUGUACUUUUCAAAAUUGAGCACAUUGAUGUCCCACUCUCAUAUUAUACUGGUAUUCUUGGUAUGCCAGGAAUGACUGCUUAUGUUGGUUUCUUUGAAUUAGGCUAUCCAAGGAAAGGAGAGAAUGUUUUUGUUUCAGCUGCCUCUGGUGCAAUUGGACAACUUGUUGGUCAAUUUGCAAAAUUGAUCGAUUGUUAUGUGGUUGGAAGUGCUGGAAGUAAAGAAAAUGGGAAACGAUCAUGGAGAACGAAGGACAAGCCGUAA